AAAUUAUGGAUGCUUGAACUUCCCCGGACAAUGCUGGGAUAGUGCCAUUGUGACUUUGUUAUUUGGAAUGUGCCGUCAUGCUUAACCCUGGUGGUAUAUAAAUCAAUCUCUGUGUCCUUGCUAUACAUCAAACCAAACCCCGCUGUAUCCAGCAUACUCCUACCUGUAGAGGCCUAUUCACUUGCCCUAUUCAGUUACCCUUGUACAACGAUAAUCGCAGAUCGAUAUGGCUGCUGAUUGGUCUCCAGAUUCCUGGUCCUCGAAGCCAAUUAAGCAGGACGUCGUCUACGAGAAUGAGGAUGGCCUCAAAGACGCCGUUGCAAAGCUCUCCAAGCUUCCCCCACUAGUUACGCCUAAGGAGAUUCUUAAACUCAAAGAACAUCUUAAGGAUGUGGCUCUUGGGAAGGCCUUUUUACUUCAGGGUGGUGAUUGUGCCGAGUUAUUCGACUAUUGCAACCCCAAAAAUAUCGAGGCGAAAAUCAAAUUGAUCUUACAGAUGAGCCUGGUUCUCAUUUGGGGAGCCAACCGACCAGUUGUCCGCAUUGCCCGUAUCGCAGGGCAGUUCGCAAAGCCCCGCUCCAGCGCAACUGAGGUCGUCAACGGCGUUGAAAUGCCUUCUUUUCGAGGCGACAAUGUCAAUGGCUUCGCAGCUACCCUAGAGUCCCGCAAGCCAGAUCCCUCCCGUCUGGUUGCGGCCUACUUCCACUCUGCUGCCACAUUGAACUAUAUCCGUGCCUCCCUAUCUUCUGGGCUGGCUGAUCUCCAUUCCCCCCUGGACUGGGGCCUUGGCCAUGUCAUCACUCCAAGCAUCAAGGAGAAAUACGAACGGAUCGUUACCCGCGUCAAGGAUGCGAUCCGAUUCAUGCACACUGUGGGCAUUGACACAGACCGAGGCGUGGAGACGGUCGAAAUCUUCACCUCCCACGAAGGCCUCGCGUUGGAAUAUGAGCAAGCCCUUACCCACCCCUCUCCCCGGGCUUCUGAACGGGGUUUCUACGACACCUCUGCCCACUUCCUGUGGAUUGGUGACCGCACCCGCCAGCUCGACGGCGCUCACGUCGAGUUCUUCCGCGGCAUCCAGAACCCAAUCGGCAUUAAAAUCGGCCCGACCAUGAAACCUGACGAGCUCGUCGACCUCUUGAACAUUGUGAAUCCGAACAAGGAGAUCGGUAAGGUCACCCUCAUCUCCCGCUACGGUGCUGCAAAGAUAGCCUCUCUCCUCCCUGCGCACAUCGCUGCCGUGCAAGCCUCCGGCCACGUCCCCGUUUGGCAGGCGGAUCCUAUGCAUGGCAACACCAAAUCGACAUCAUCGGGUGUCAAGACCCGCCAUUUCGAAGACAUACUUUCCGAACUCCGUCAGGCGUUGGAGAUUCAUCGUGCCGCAGGUUCUUUCCUGGGCGGUGUUCAUUUGGAACUCACCGGUGAAGCUGUUACGGAGUGCUGUGGCGGUGCUGGCGGCCUUACUGAACAGGAUUUGGGUGAGAGGUACGAGACCUUUUGCGAUCCUAGACUCAAUGAGAAGCAGGCGCUUGAGCUUGCCUUUCUCGUUGCAGGAUUCUAUCGUGACAUCGAGGAAUCCCAGGAGGUCAAUUCUAUUUAGGUGUUACUUUCCCAGGUGGACACGUUUAUUUUUGGUUAUCUUCUGACAGACAACUGUGGAUGAGAUGUUGGAUGAUAGAUGUGAUAGAAGAUGGUUCUGUACAUCUUUUUUCGGUAAGUGAAGAUUGAGCGCUGGAAAAAGUAAAAGACAAUAGAUUGUUUUCAGAAAUCCAUGCCGAUUUAGAUAGAUAGUUCUUCUCCCAAUUAAUUAACUACUUAGUAACUG